ACUUACUUGACUACAUAUAUGAGAGUAUUGAAUUCGGCCGCAGAUAAAAAUAGAAGAAAAGAAGUGGUAAAAGUUAAAACUGUUAAUAACCUUGCAGAUGAUCUUAGAAAACAUUAUAAUAAAUAUAUCUCUAAAGCUAUUGUAAAUAAUUAUCUCUGA